AUGUCUCCCGUUGCGCUCGAAAAAGAGGACCAUUCGCGCGAUGCGGACUUCAACAAGGCCAUGCAUGGCAAGUCCUCCCAGGCGAAGGGUGGCAUGAGUGCCAUGCUGGGAAAGGAUAGGGCCGCCCAGCAAGCUGCCGUGGACGAGUACUUCAAGCACUGGGACAACAAGGCCGCUGCAGAAGAGACGGAGGAGACCCGCAAGGCCCGCCGCGACGAGUAUGCCACCCUCACCCGCCACUACUACAACCUUGCGACCGACUUGUACGAGUAUGGCUGGGGUCAGAGUUUCCACUUCUGCCGCUUUGCCCACGGGGAGCCUUUCUACCAGGCCAUUGCCCGCCACGAGCACUACCUGGCGCACAAGAUGGGACUGAACGACAACAUGCGGGUUCUUGAUGUCGGCUGCGGUGUCGGAGGACCCGCUAGGGAGAUGGUCAAGUUCGCCAACGUAAACGUGGUUGGCUUGAACAACAACGACUACCAGAUCGAGCGCGCGACCCGGUAUGCUGAGAAGGAGGGUCUCUCACACAAGCUCAAGUACACGAAGGGCGAUUUCAUGCAAAUGUCCUUCCCUGACAACUCGUUCGAUGCUGUCUACGCCAUCGAGGCUACUGUACACGCCCCGUCUCUCGAGGGUAUCUAUAGCGAGAUUUUCCGUGUCCUCAAGCCCGGCGGCGUGUUCGGUGUCUACGAGUGGCUCAUGACCGACAAGUACGACAACGAUAACCCUGAGCACCGCGAGAUCCGUCUUGGUAUCGAGAUUGGCGACGGUAUCUCCAACAUGGAGAAGAUCGAGGUGGCUCUCAAGGCCAUGAAGGCUGCUGGCUUCGUGCUAGAGCACCACGAGGAUUUGGCAGACCGUGAUGAAGACCCCGCUCCGUGGUACUGGCCCCUCUCUGGUCAGAUGAAGUACAUCCAAACCCUCGGCGACAUUCCCACGAUUAUGCGAAUGACCAAGAUUGGCCGUGGUCUCGUUCACAGAUUCGUCGGCGCCCUCGAGACGAUUGGUGUCGCGCCCAGGGGAACUCAGAAGACUGCCGACUCUCUUGCGCUCGCUGCCGACUGCCUCGUUGCUGGUGGCAAGCAGAAGCUUUUCACGCCCAUGUACCUGAUGGUCGGCCGUAAGCCUGCGGACGCAUAA